CGUGAUUGUAGCUGAGUUUAACUGCCAUCAGGACAGCAGGCAAGUCAUCGUGUAGGUUCGGUUUACGUUUUGUUUCUUUAGUUAAUUCUGCCACCAGAGGCCUUUAAGGAGAGCAGUAGACAAACGUUAAGCCUUUGAUACUACGGGUAGCCGUGUACCGGGAGCUGCUUGGUGUUCACGCCGUCAUUAGGAGCUGAUUACGGGCAUCUGCCGGUGCUGCGUCACGCUGUUUGCUCCUCGGAGCUCCUGAAACACCGGAGUCAAGAACAAACCUCUAAUUAUUGGUAUAUCACGAAAUCAUGGCAGACCUUGGCAUCAGAGCAGGAGACAAAGUGGUGCUGGUGUGGGCUCAGCCUUCAACACCUACAGCCCUGAAGCAGUACGCAGAGGAGCUGGGAGCGGUCGUCGGUCCGGAUGGCAGAGUGGCAGUGGAGAACAUAGAGAGGCUGCUGCUGUCCUCUCAUGCGGCCUCCACCUUCAACUGGGUGCUCUCUUGCCUUCUGGCUGACAGCUCCUCCAUCCACACUUCAGAGACUCUAGCAGAAAUAGCCAGAGUGCUCAAACCUGGAGGGCAGCUGGUCCUUGAUGAACCAGUUACAGGAUCAGAAGGACAAAGUGUGAGGACAGCUGAGAAGCUGGUGUCGGCUCUGAAGCUGUCCGGCUUUAUGUCAGUAACAGAGGUCAGCAAAGCAGAGCUCAGUCCUGAAGCGCUGAGCUCUCUCAGGGCAGCCUCUGGUUACCAAGGAGACUCCCUGUCUCGAGUCCGCGUAUCUGCCUCCAAACCCGACUUUGAGGUGGGAUCAUCAAGUCAGAUCAAACUGUCGUUUGGGAAAAAGACAGCCAAGCCAGCAGAGAAACCUGCUCUGGAUCCCAACACGGUGAAAAUGUGGAUGCUGUCAGCCAACGACAUGAACGAUGACGAUGUGGAUCUGAUGGACUCGGAUGCUCUGCUGGAUGAAGAUGAUUUGAAAAAACCUGAUCCAGCUUCUCUUAAAGCUCCGGGCUGUGGAGAAGGAGCCAACAAGAAGAAGAAAGCCUGCAAGAACUGCACGUGUGGGCUCGCUGAAGACCUGGAGCAGGAGAGUAAAGGAAAACAGAAGACUGAGCAGCCAAAAUCAGCCUGUGGAAGUUGUUACCUUGGCGAUGCUUUCCGAUGUGCCAGCUGCCCGUAC